ACAUCUAGGGUUUUGCCAUCUGUAGGGGCAUUUACUGUGCAGUGUGCUAGCUGUUUCAAAUGGCGGCUCAUACCUACAAAGGAGAAGUAUGAAGAAAUAAGGGAACACAUAUUGGAGCAGCCCUUCUAUUGUGAAACAGCUCGUGAGUGGCGUCCGGAGGUAUCGUGUGAUGAUCCACCUGACAUCACUCAAGAUGGAAGCAGGCUGUGGGCAAUUGAUAGACCUAACAUUGCUCAGCCUCCUCCAGGGUGGGAACGGCUUUUAAGAAUCAGAGCAGAAGGAGGCACCAAGUUUGCUGAUGUGUACUAUGUUUCGCCAUCUGGCAAGAGACUUCGUUCCAUGGUUGAAGUUCUAAAGCACUUGGAGGAACAUCCGGAGUAUGUGGCACAAGGUGUACAGACGUCACAGUUUUCAUUUCAGAUCCCAAGACCUCUACAGGAAGACUAUGUUAAGAAGCGUCGUCCAGCACCUUCACGUGAUGGUCCUUCUGAUGUUAAUCCUAUCUCAUGGGUCGCUCCAGAUGGCAAUACAGGUUUAUUGCUUGGUGGACCCGGGCCGUCUGCACCUUCUGAUACAGCCUCUUUAGAUGUACUGGACGGUAACGCUCCAAAGAAACCUAAACUGAUGGGCGACAGUGAUUCAUUUAUCUAAGUGAAAGUCGAUGAUUUUCAUCUUCUUUGUUUUGGGGCUUACGAGUCUAUGAUGCCCCAAAGCAACUUGUUGUAACUAGGAUUAUGGGUUUUUUACCAAACUUGGUUGACCAAAAAGCAUGGUUUUUUGAUGGCUAUAUGCCGAGGUUUCUGGCUGUUGUUGGUGUAGUUUGAGUCUAGGAGAUAUGAGCAGAAUAUAGACAUACUCUUUUAAGACUUGUUCUUUGUUAAGUUAGCUGAAAAUGUUGUUAUAAAACAGAAAGAAUGCUUUUUUAUGUUGAAAUAUAGUAACUUUUUUUAUGGUA